GGAACGGGAGUCACAUGUCGCGCGCUGGGUUGGGCUCGCGAGGUGACACUGCUGUUCGGAGAGACGGUUUAAAGACCGAUAAGGAGACACCGAGGAGCACCGGAGAGGACUGUAGGCCACGGCCAUGGCGACGGGCGACAGCGGAGACACGUUAGAGUCGUGGCUCAACCAAGCCACAGACCCCUCCAACCUAGAGCUCAGGUGGGACUGCAUCCAGGGAUUCUACCAGCUGGUCAACACACACACAGAUGGUCCCCAGGUAGCUACCAGACUGCUGGCGCACAAGAUCCAGUCUCCUCAAGCCAGAGAGGCUCUGCAAGCUCUCACUGUUUUGGAGGCUUGUAUGAACAACUGUGGCCAGCGGUUCCACAGCGAGGCCACCAAGUUCCGCUUCCUCAACGAGAUGAUUAAAGUCCUCUCUCCCAAGUACCUGGGUCAGUGGAGCCCAGAGCAGGUGAAGGAGAAGGUGAGAGAGGUUCUGUACAGCUGGACUGUGUGGCUGAAGGAUCUGCCCAAGGUCCAGGAGGCAUACAGUAUGCUGAAGAAACAAGGCCUGGUGAAGAAGGACCCUGUGCUGCCAGUCACCAUGGUGAUGCCCCCCCCCUCCAAAAGGGGCCAGGACUCUGUCUUUGACCAGGAAGACAAGGCCAAGUUACUGGCAAGGUUACUGAACAGCAAUCGUGCUGAAGACCUACAAACAGCCAACAGACUGAUCAAGCAUACCAUCAAAGAGGAGCAGGAGCGUGUGGACAGGGUCUCCAGGCGUGUGUGUGUGCUGGAGGAGGUGGAACACUGCACCAGGGAUCUCAGAACUCUGCUGGACUCUGGAGCCACCACACAGCACAUGAAGGCCCUCUACGAGCGCUGUGAUAGGCUGAGGCCCAGCCUGUUCCGCCUGGCCAGCGACACUGUGGACGAUGACUCGGCUCUGGCUCAGAUCCUCUUGGCCAAUGAUGAGCUGACGCAGGCGGUGAAUGCCUACAGAGACAGGGCGGCGACCAAUGGGAAGGAUGUGGGGGAGGGGGGAAGGGCCAAGCAGAACGGUAGCCAUGAUAACAGAGAUUCCCUCAGUCCCAAAGAGAUAAAGAGUUACCACCUUAUAGACUUGUCAUCUCUGGACUCAGUCUUCGCUCCUCACCCCUCCAGCCUCCUCCCCCUCUCUUCCCCCCUCCCCCCUCCUACCUCCCGCCCUCGGCUGGAAAGCAACCUUCUCAGUCUGGAAGAAGAACUCAACACUCUGGGUCUGGAUGAUGGGAGCGUCAAGUCCUGUUCAGGAGACUGGCUGCAGCUCUGUGGCUCUGUGUCUGAGCAGGCUGGAGAGGGGGCCCACUGCAGGGCGGGGGUGUCCAGAAGGAGAGAGCCCUGCCUGGUGGCUCGAGGUGGAGAAGGGAGCGGGUCCUGGGAAGACUGCUGGGCGGUUCCUCCGACUCAACCAAUCAGUUUGUCAGGAUCUAGCCAGCCAAUGAGGGUGUCUCUAGCAGAUAUCUAUGUUCCUCUGGAGUCCAUUAGACCUAGUCGACUGGAGCCAAUCACGGUUUUCGACCAGAGCGGGGUCCAUGUCUCCCUCCAUUUUGCCAAGGACACGCCCCCAGGAUACUCAAACGUUGCCGUGGUGAUCGUCUCCAUGGUGAACACUUCCCCUCUUCCUGUGAAAGACUUCACGUUCCAGGCCGCUGUUCCCAAGACAAUGCAGGUGAAGCUGCAGCUCUCGCCUGGCCAGGACCUGCCCUCCUACAAGCCCUUCCUCCCCCCUGCCUCUCUCUCCCAGAUACUGCUAUUGGCCAAUCCCCAGAGGCAUAAGGUGCGUCUGCGGUACAGAGUGUCUCUUCUCCAUGGCAACCAGCUGCUCAGAGAGACCGGGGAGCUGGAGGAGCUUCCAGACUGGUCCUGCUGGGUCGGACUCUAGAACCCUGACCAGUGACCCUUCUAGAAUCCUGAAAUCUGAUCCUUCUUGAACCCUGACCUGACCCUUCUCGAACACUGAACGGACCCUUCUAGAACCCUGAUCUUUAUAGAACCCUAACCUCUAACCUUUCUAGAAAACUGACCUGACCCUUCGAGAACCCUGAACUCUGAUCCUUCUAGAACCCUGACCUGACCCUUAUAGAACCCUGACCUCUGACCCGAUCCUUCUAGAACCCUGACCUGACCCUUCUAGAACUCUGAACUCUGAUUCUCCAAAACCUGUACCUUGACCCUUCUUGAACCCUGACCAGAUCUUCCAGAACACCCAAAGAACCUUCUAGAAUCCAAGCAGAACCUUUCAGAACCGCGCCAAGCAGGUUGUAGGAUCUUCCACAAACUCAAAAGCUCAAAUGAAGACAGUAUUGGAAACUUCAUGAAGUCAUGCUCUGGAAACAACCACGUGUGUGUGUGUGUGUGUAACUCCUAGCAGACUUGUAGAGCUCUGAGAUCAACAUCUAUUUAUUUAAUAUCUGAAGUGUUCAUCCUGCUGUUCAGUCUGCCUGGCAUCUCUUUCUAUGCCUUUUGGUACUGUGUGUGUGUGUGUGUGCAUGAAGAGGGGUGUCUGCGUAUCUCUGCAUGACUACGCUUUGAUGCCAAAACCCCUGUUAUCAGAGAGACAAGUUGGGGAAGCUCAGCAAGACCUGUUUGGUCACCUGACUGCUGAACGAGGAAGUGUGUGUGUGUCUCAGGUUCUUCUAUGAGCUCAUUAAUAAACAUUUUUAUCUGAG